UUACAAGAGAGAGAGAGAGAGAGAGAUAUUCAAGGAUCUGGUGCCCCUUCUUCCUUCUUGUGUUGGGACCAAUUCUUUAAUGAGCGAGAGAGAGAGGGCGCAAUAGUAGCCAUAGCCAUAAUUUAUUGUUAUUAUUUAGGGAUGAGUGAAGUGAAUGAAUGAAAACAAAAACACCGCCAUCGCUCUUGUCUCUCACGGUUGACUCUGCGGUUCUUAAUCUCUCCGACAUCUCCGAUCUCUCCCAUGUCCCUGAUCACAUCCUCCUCGACCUCUUCCUGAGAAUAUUGAAGGCUGGGAAGCUGACUGAGAAAGUUCUGAGACUUUUUAUAGCAACUGGUAAGGAUGAAGUCCUCUCAUUUGUUCAGGCACUCAAUAUCCAACAUAUUUUGACCCCUGUGCUUCCCACCAGGUGUUCUGAGGCAAAAUCAGACUUUUAGUUUGUAAGAUAGUCUGUACCUUGCAAGAUGUCUCAAGCAGUUAUCAACGAUAAUGAAGUGGACAUUGUGAUUGGUGCACUGCAUUCUGAUCUUACAACUUUUAUGAAUGAAUGGAGGCCAAUUUUCUCCCGCUUUCACCUGAUAAUAGUAAAAGAUCCUGACCUCAAGGAGGAACUCCAAAUUCCUGUAGGCUUCAGCGUGGAUGUGUAUACAAAGUCUCAGAUUGAGCAAGUGGUGGGUUCUUCCACUUCUGUUCGCUUCUCUGGCUAUGCUUGUAGAUAUUUUGGCUUCCUAAUUUCACGGAAAAAGUAUGUUGUCUGCAUUGAUGAUGAUUGUGUUCCUGCAAAA